AGGUACCAUUCUCGACUACCUGUACUGACGAAGUGAAUAACGAUUUUGGAGAUUUAUUCAGGGAUUCACGGCUAGGAUACCAGUAAAUCAAUGAUUCUAAUGUCUUUUUUAUCCUACGUCUUCAAUAAUAUUAUCCUCUGAAUUAGAUGUACCGUUGUCAUAGCAGCAGGUCAACAUCCUUACAUAAUGGUAUCACCAUAUGAGUAUUGAAGUAUCAGAAUUCACAGUGAUGAAGUAAUCUUCAAAUAGCAAAACUUUACACAGCGAGAUAAUUUUUUUCGUCGUUAUCACAGAUCACUCAGAUAGAUUGUGGCUUUGUUCUAGACCUAUUUCAGACUUUGAUUAUUAAUAUUUGGAUAAAAGAUUACAGAUUAAGAUGAAUAAAUUACGUCGUAAUGGAGAAUGUUUUCACGUGCCAUUAUGGGAUCUAGAGGACAGAUAUGGCUACCUGUUACCAUGGUUCCUCAAGCUAAUCGGCUAUACACCCGAGACAUUACUGCCAGAACUCUCCAUAACUCCGGACAUUUCCAUUAUAUGUGAGAAAUGCAAGGAACACAUUGACCUACCCUCUCUGAGGGAUCAUAGGAUCUACCACGAGAACCUGUCAAUCCUUAAAUACAAUGGCAGUGCCAAGCCGACGACCACUGAUGCCUUGCUGCGACGUAGAAACGCAAUUUUACGAAAACUAAAAUCAUCAGCAACUGCAGAUAAGCCGCUGGAGCCAAAAUCUAUACAAAGAGUAAAUGAUGCUUAUGAAUAUCUUAAGUCAGAAAUUGACGGAACUUUUGGAGAAUUUCGACACAUCGAUGAAGACGUGAGUACGGGGGUUAAGGGUGUGGCCUUAAAUUGUAGUCCUGGUUGCGUGACAUCCGUUGGCAUCUGCUCCACUAGAAAUGAACGAUGGAAGAGCUACAUGGAGGAUGCACAUGUGUAUCAAGACUUUUUCGGAGAGGAUCGUAACAAAUGUUAUCUGGCGUUAUUUGACGGCCACCAUGGGCGCUUUGCGGCAGAAAUCGCAGCUGCGGAACUCCACCAUCUUCUGCUGUACGAAAUGGCAAAGUUUGACCCUAGGACAAAGUGUUUGCCGCAUAAUAUUGGCGAAAACCAAGAAAUGUUUCAGUAUCAGUUUGAACGUCCGAGCACAAAGGAGAGUGAGCGAGGCAUUCUUCACGAUGAAAGUGUCAAUAUCGUACAACAAAUCAUCAAAUUGUGCGAGGACAAAUAUGAUGAAAUAAUCAAAGAAAAGGCAUUGUCAUUAGAUGUAAAGGAGAAAGCACACAGCGAGGAAACUCCGAAGUCAGAUGAUGAAAAGAAUUCAGACAAAAACAUCACUGAAAAAACACCGCGUAAGAAAAAGAAAGAAAAGUCUGUAUUUACAAUAAAAAUGGAGAAUGCCCUAAAGAAAUCCUACUAUCUUAUAGAUAUCUUGUUGUCCUAUGGGAAAGAUGAAUGUUCCCGCGUGCGCUGGAGUGGAAGUUCCGCAGUGACUCUAGUCAUCCACAAUACUGACAAUUCCAACAUCAUCGACCGACCCAUCUCAACAGUACCGGAGGUGGAAGAGGAGGUAAACAGUGAAGACAGAGCAGAGGAAACGGAAAAAGAGGACCCCAAGGAGGAGAGUGGAGGAUUGGAACCACCCAGGGAACUUGGGAUGAUCUACCUGGCUAAUGCAG